UGGCAUGAGGAGAUAAAUGGGCAAGAGGCAAAGUUGAGAACAAAUCCAAACCAACCAAUCCCAACAUCCACAAACCACCCUCUCCAUUGGACCACCCUCUCCUCUCUCUCUUUCCCCCAACCAGGAAGAAGGCAAGGAGCCCCUGCCAAUCUCUGCAACAAAUCCCGCCAUCAUCGACUCCCCAGGCGAAAAAAUACCUCUGCUUUUUUUAUCGAGGAGUGAAGGGACUGGUCAGAUUACUCGAUCUUCGCUGCACAUGCAGUCGCUCUGAAGAGAGUACAAUCCAAUCCAGCCCACUCCGCGGUUCCUGGGAUUCCUCACUCGGCGGAAGAAGUGGUUUUUCUUGCCGCUUCUUGGUGUGGAUUCUCUUGGGCAGCUCGUAGCAGAGCUAGGAGUUUGUUUCUUGGCUGUUUGAUACCUUCUUGGGCUGCUGUUGAUCUUGGCCGGGAGCCAAGAACUUGUUUGUCUUGAGGGGUUCUUGACGACUUCCGUGUGCUGCCGGAUUAGGCGCGAUGUUGGUGUCGCAGUCGUCGAUGAGCGGCGCUGGGGAGGCCGGGGUGCGGACAGUGGUGUGGUUCAGGCGGGACCUGCGGGUCGAGGACAACCCGGCGCUGGCGGCGGCGGCGCGGACAGCGGGAGAGGUGGUGCCGGCGUACGUGUGGGCACCGGAGGAGGAUGGGCCGUACUACCCGGGAAGGGUGUCCCGGUGGUGGCUCAGCCAGAGCCUCAAGCACCUGGACGCCUCGCUCCGCCGGCUCGGUGCCGGCCGCCUCGUCACGCGGCGGUCUGCCGACGCCGUCGUCGCGCUGCUCGACCUCGUCCGCAGCACCGGCGCCACACGCCUCUUCUUCAACCACCUCUACGACCCGCUGUCGCUGGUCCGGGACCACCGGGUGAAGGAGCUGCUGACGGCCGAGGGCAUCACCGUGCAGUCCUUCAACGCCGACCUGCUGUACGAGCCGUGGGAGGUCCUCCACGAUGACGGCUGCUCGUUCACCAUGUUUGCGCCCUUCUGGAACAGGUGCCUGUGCAUGCCCGAUCCCGCCGCGCCGCUGCUGCCGCCCAAGAGGAUCAAUUCAGGUGACUUGACGAGGUGCCCGUCAGACGAGCUGGUCUUCGAAGACGAGUCAGAGAGGGGGAGCAAUGCACUGCUCGCGCGGGCGUGGUCACCGGGGUGGCAGAACGCCGACAAGGCACUGACGGCCUUCCUCAACGGCCCGCUGAUCGACUACUCCGUGAACCGCAAGAAGGCUGACAGCGCGAGCACGUCCCUGCUCUCGCCGUACCUGCACUUCGGCGAGCUCAGCGUCCGCAAGGUCUUCCACCAGGUCAGGAUGAAGCAGCUGAUGUGGAGCAACGAAGGCAACCACGCCGGCGAGGAGAGCUGCACCUUGUUCCUCCGGUCCAUCGGCCUGCGGGAGUACUCGAGGUAUCUAACUUUCAACCACCCCUGCAGCCUCGAGAAGCCCCUUCUGUCGCACCUCAGGUUCUUCCCCUGGGUUGUCAACGAGGUGUACUUCAAGGUCUGGAGGCAGGGGAGGACCGGCUACCCUCUUGUCGACGCAGGUAUGAGGGAGCUCUGGGCGACUGGAUGGCUGCACGAUCGCAUACGCGUCGUGGUCUCAAGCUUCUUUGUCAAAGUGCUCCAGCUGCCAUGGCGCUGGGGGAUGAAGUACUUCUGGGACACCUUGCUGGACGCCGACCUCGAGAGCGAUGCAUUGGGCUGGCAGUACAUUUCCGGUUCUCUCCCUGAUGGCCGUGAGCUUGACCGCAUCGACAACCCUCAGUUUGAAGGGUACAAGUUCGACCCACACGGGGAGUACGUCCGGCGAUGGCUACCAGAGCUGGCAAGGCUGCCAACGGAAUGGAUACACCACCCUUGGGAUGCACCCGAGUCAGUGCUGCAGGCUGCAGGAGUUGAGCUAGGCUCUAACUACCCUCGCCCUAUCGUUGAGCUAGAUGCAGCCAAUUCCAGGUUGCAGGAUGCCUUGUCGGAGAUGUGGGAACUUGAGGCAGCCUCUCGCGCUGCGAUGGAGAACGGAAUGGAAGAAGGCCUCGGCGACUCCUCAGAGGUGCCACCGAUUGCCUUCCCUCAAGAACUGCAUAUGGAUGUCGACCGAGAACCAGUCCGGCCUGCUAUGCAGACACCAACAAUGGCCGUUCGGAGACGACAAGAUCAGAUGGUGCCUAGCAUGACUUCCUCAUUGGUCAGAGCUGAAACAGAAGUUACCGCAGAUUUUGGGCACAACAGCGAGGACAGUAGGCCAGAAGUGCCAUCAAACGUGCACUUGCAGCCUCAGACGGAGAGGGAAGAAACAGUCGACGGUGGUGGUGGCAAUGCUGUCAGAAUGAACACCAUUCAUCAGCAGCAUAACCUUCAGAACGCCCUACACCGUAUGCGGGGUGUUGUGCCAUCCACGUCGGAGGCAUCGAGCAGCUGGACGGGCAGAGAAGGCGGGGUGGUACCGGUCUGGUCACCUCCGGCAGCAUCAGUCCAUUCCGAUCCUUACGCCGCGGAUGAGGCUGACAUUUCCAGUAGAAGUUAUUUGGACAGGUAUCCGCAAUCACAUACGAUGAUGAACUGGACUCAACUCUCGCAGUCAUUGUGAGUUCGGAUGCCUGGACAACUGGGUGAGAAGUGGGCAAUUAAUGCUGUGCCUCCGAACUUAAUUGAUUAGGAGUUCGACAGAGAGAUUACAAAUGUAAAUUAUCACAUGUUGUUCAUCUAUAGCCUUGAUGUGCAUGCGAGUCAUCAAUCAUGCGGCUUUCUGGAUGCAAUAAUGAUUAUGGGAAGCUAGUCCUAAUAGAGCUUUUGUGAUAUAGGCUGCUAGUUGUCCAAAUGAUCUGUACUCAGUUUCUGUAAUCAGAUAAGAGUUUUUCUAGCAUCAGGUCUAUUUUUCCA